AUGCGCAGCUUUUGUGCGCUCGAUCGACUGGGACGUCCCGGCCACAGGGGGGCACAGGAUUCAAAAAGGGACCACCACACCACCACUACCACCAUAUUUGUGAUGGGGCCAGGAAUCCGAUUCACAUCUGGCAGGGAAUCGACCCCUGCAAUCAUUUUCAGGGGUCAAGCAGCUCUGAAGGCUCCAGCGCUCACGAACCGUUGGCGAUUGCUACGCCGUUGUAGUUCAGAGCGAAUGAUGCUUCGUCUCACCAGGGAUCAAUAUGGAUCACUGCUUAUCAAUUUUCGCUUGUUCCAGCCCAAGCAACGGCAGAAAGAAAGGUUGAGUGGCACCAAGUGA